CGAUCAGUGCACUUCACUCCAUGGCGUUGUUUAGAAGAAUCCCCUUUGAUCCACUUUACUCUGUGGCGUUGUUUAGAAGAAUCCCUUUUGAUGCUACUGCUUUUUAGUCCUCGCACGGAGAGCUGAAUAUCUGGGUAACAGUAACAGAAGCAGACAGGCAUUGCUGGACAAAGCCCUCAGAUCCAGUCUUGAAUAAACAUCACAUUGAGGGGAAGUGGUUCAGGGGAAAGUCUAUUCUAGUUAGCUCAUCUACGUUCUAAAUUACACACUGAUGGAAGAAAUGCAAAUGGAUUCCACUCACAAUGUAACACCUGCAAGAUAACGGUCACAUUGCAAUCAUCAAAUAAGACGCACCAGAGGUGUUCCUGACUUUAUCUGAAUAAUGUGACAUGAAUGAACAAAGUAGCUUUUUAUAGCUGCACUCGAACAAACGUCCACCUUGUUGUUAAUUUAACUUGUUAAUUAGAGAGGACUUUUUAACAUUCCUAGAAUAUGCAUUGGACCUAAUUCUGUCCAGCUUGAGGUAGAUUUACCUGACGUGAAAGGGAAUGCAGAGUGCAGACUCGUCGCCCAUAGACUGCAUGCGAGCGUGAUGCCUAGGCGAAGCUUGCCGCUGCAGGGACGGAUGCGCUGGCUGUUCCUGGGGCUCUUCCUGCUGCUGGUCAUCCUCCUCUUUGCUUACUUGCUAGAGUGCACUCCCCCAGCUGACGUCAGCCUGGUCCUGCCUGGCUUGGGAGGGGAGUCCUAUGGGAAGGAGUACUACCAGGCCCUGCUGCAAGAGCAGGAGGAGCACCAGCUCAGCCGCGCCUCCAGCCUCAAGCGGCAGAUCGCCCAGCUCAAGCAUGAGCUCCAGGAGAUGAGUGAGAAGCUCAAGGUCCUGGAGGACAGAAAAGAAGGCCCCGGGGUCCAGGGGCUGGCUGAGACCAAGGACCAGGUGCCUGGGGAUCUCCUCGAGUUCCUCCACUCCCAGAUCGACAAAGCCGAGGUGAACACGGGAGCGCGGCUGCCCAGCGAGUAUGCCCUGGUCCCCUUCGAGAGCUUCACCUCUAGUAAGGUGUAUCAGCUGGAGAUGGGGCUGACCAGGCACCCAGAGGAGAAGCCUGUGCGGAAGGACCGCAGGGACGAGCUGGUGGAGGUCAUCGAGGCGGCCCUGGACGUCAUAAACAACCCUGACGAGGAGGAUGGCCAGGAGGAUGAUGUGCCCAUGCAGAGGCAGACUUACACUGAGAGCCACUUUACUGAGGGGCUAUACAGAACAGAACGGGACAAAGGCACACUCUACGAGCUCUUCUUUGCAAAAGAGGACUCUGACAAUGUCCGCCACGUUACUCUUUUCCGUCCAUUCGGUCCUUUAAUGAAAGUCAGGAGCACGUCUGUAGAAACGUCCGGAGUCAUCAUCAAUAUCAUUGUGCCUUUGGCGGGCAGAACAGAUGCGUUCUCACAGUUCCUACACAACUUCAGGGACGUUUGCAUAAAACACGAUAGGGGAGUGCAUCUUACGGUGGUCUACUUUGGACAAGAGGGCUUACGAGAGGUGAAGUCUUAUUUGGAAAAAAUGUCCAGGGAGGAGAGCUUUUCCAACUACACCCUUAUCCCAGUGGACGAGGAGUUUUCCAGGGGCAGGGGUCUGGACAUCGGAGCCCGCUCCUGGAAGAAGGGUGACGUAUUGAUGUUCUUCUGUGAUGUGGAUAUCUACUUCACACUGGGCUAUCUCAACAACUGCCUUCUUCACACCACUCCAAACAAGAGAGUCUUUUAUCCGGUGGUUUUCAGUUUGUAUAAUCCUGCCAUAGUCUAUGGAAAUCUGGAGCUGGCUCCCCCCAUUGAAAGUCAACUUAUUCACAAGAAAGAUGCUGGAUUCUGGAGAGAUUUUGGCUUUGGAAUGACUUGUCAGUACCGCUCGGACUUCCUCAAUAUAGGAGGUUUUGACCUGGAAGUGAAAGGUUGGGGUGUGGAAGAUGUCCACUUGUACAGGAAGUACCUGCGGAGCGACCUGAUCGUGACGCGUACGCCAGUAUCCGGCCUCUUCCACCUGUGGCACGAGAAGCAGUGUGCAGACGAGCUGACUCCAGAACAGUAUCGCAUGUGCAUCCAGUCCAAAGCCAUGAAUGAGGCAUCCCACUCUCACCUGGGCAUACUGGUGUUCCGUGAGGAGAUCGAGAAUCACCUCCGCAAGCAGGCCUAUAAGACCCAGGGCAAAACUGAAGACUGAAUUAUGCCUUUUCGCUAGGCGGCCAUCUUAGGUACUCUGCAUCAGAACUCCUCGCUUUUUUUAAAGAAACAAAUACAAGAACUGAGGUCCUCUGUAGCUCAGCUGGUAGAGCACGGCGCUUGUAACGCC